AACUAUCGAUGACAGCGGGAGCAAUACAUACCAACGCUUAUAAGAAGGGAUUCUCAGCCCAUUGCAGAACCGAUCGAGGCUUCCCUCUCCCCGCUAGAACCCACCAUGUCGGACGACCACUCACGCGCGGAGAAAGGUUCCGAGCAUGAUGAGCAAGAGCAUCACAAAGUUGACCUGGUCAAUAAUGUGAACGCAAAGAUCCAAAAUCCUCUUUACGGUAUCCCGAAGGGCAAGUUGAUGGCUCAAGUGGAAGGCUUUGUGCGAGAGAAGGGAUUUGAAGAACACUUGUCCAUCUUCAAGAAAGGCGCUCUUCUAGCCCAAAACCCAAAGGACUUUGAAGGAAUUGCAGAGCUAGACGAAAACGACAAGGAAGUCAUACGACGUGAAGUGACGCACAAAUGGAGCCAACCACGACAGCUCUACUUCACUAUUCUCCUAUGCUCUGUUGCAGCAGCGGUACAAGGUUGGGAUCAGACGGGCUCCAAUGCCGCCAACUUGUCCUUCCCUGUGGAAUUCGGUAUCGACCCAUCUCCCAGUGACCCUAAUGCUGCCAGAAAUCAGUGGCUUGUUGGGGUCAUCAAUUCCGCUCCUUAUAUUGCCUCCGCAUUGAUAGGAUGCUGGCUUACCGACCCUUUGAAUAACCUUUUUGGCCGCAGGGGAACCAUCUUUUUCUGUGGGAUUUUCUGUACUUUGAGCGUCAUCGGCUCUGCUGUCUCUCAGACCUGGCCUCAGCUUUUCGUAACUCGUCUUUUACUGGGCAUAGGAAUGGGACCCAAGGCGACAACAGUCCCGGUCUAUGCGGCAGAAAACACCCCUGCGAGUAUUCGCGGUGGUCUUGUAAUGUCAUGGCAGCUAUGGGUUGCAUUUGGUAUUUUCAUCGGUUUGUGCGCCAACCUUGUAUUCUUCAAUGUUGGCGCCAUCGCGUGGCGCUUACAACUUGGUUCUGCGUUUCUCCCCGCGAUCCCUCUCGUUCUCAUGGUGUUUUUAUGUCCUGAAUCACCACGGUGGUUGAUGAAAAAGGGAAGGUACCAGGAAGCCUACAGUUCUUUCAAAAGGCUGAGGAACAGUGAACUGCAAGCAGCUCGAGACCUGUACUAUGUCCACCGUCAAUUAUUGGAAGAGUUCGAAGUUAUCAGAGGCGCCAACUACUUCGCGCGAUUCACAGAGUUAUUCACUAUCCCCCGAAUCAGGCGUGCAACAUUGGCUAGCUUCAUCGUCAUGAUUGCUCAACAGAUGUGCGGAAUCAAUAUCAUCGCUUUCUAUUCUUCCACCAUCUUCGUUGAGGCGAGCUAUACCCAAAAGCAGGCGCUCCUUGCUUCAUUUGGAUUUGGCUUGGUCAACUUUGUGUUUGCUUUCCCUGCUGUCUGGACUAUCGAUACUUUUGGGAGGCGAAACCUACUUCUCUUCACGUUCCCGAACAUGGCAUGGUCAUUAUUGGCGGCUGGUUUCUGUUUCUGGAUCCCCAUCGAUAAUUCAGCCAGAGUUCCUCUCAUCGCGCUCUUCGUCUUCAUCUUCUGCGCUUUCUAUUCUCCUGGCGAGGGACCUGUACCUUUUACGUAUAGUGCAGAGGUCUUCCCACUCACGCACCGUGAAAUGGGCAUGUCCUGGGCAGUAGCUACCAAUUUGUUCUGGGCAGCCGUUGUAUCGGUGUGUUUCCCAAGGCAGCUCGCGGCUUUCGGACCCCAAGGAGCUUUCGGGUUCUAUGCAGGAAUGAACGUCCUGGCAUUCAUCCUGAUCUUCUUCCUAUUACCUGAAACGAAACAACGAACGCUCGAGGAACUCGACUACAUCUUCGCCGUUCCCACGUGGAAACAUAUCUCCUAUCAGGGUACAAAGACCUUGCCUUAUUGGAUCAAACGCUACCUCUUCUUCAGGAAGAACGCCGUCUUGGAGCCUUUAUACAACUUUGAGGAAGUCGAGAGUAUCACGGUUUACGAGAAGGGUAUUGGCCAUUGA